ACAAGCAGCAGCAGAACACGCUUGCAACAAACAGUGAAGAAGAGACGCACAAAGAGUUAGCGCUACGGCUAAAAACACUUUAUUUUCGUUACAUAGAGCUAUGCUGAAUGAAAGCAUGUUUUUAUGUAAUGAUUAAACAUAACGUGGUUCGUUUAGUGUAACACAGAGCGGGCUUUUUAACGCAUGAACUCAACCUGCCUUUUUCUCCUUAGCUUAGCUGGUUAGCUUAGCUGGUGUCAAACCUUUUUACGUCCGCGUUCACCCAGGAACGACGAGACGCUGAAGCUGCGUAGAAGCUACAGCUGACUUGGGUUUUGUUUUAUAAAUCAAACAGCGUGUGUUUUUGUGGUCAACGGCUACAGCUUUUGAAGAAAAAGCGUCAUAAUUCGCCCUGCGAAACAAGGAAGUCUGAAUGAAAUCUGCAUUGAGUUUGUUCGAAUUUUUGCACUUCGCGCGAGAUUUGACACUUCGCCCGAUGAGUUAAGUUUGUUUCUAUGAAAGUACACCAGAACAGGGUGCUUGAAACUGGAUUUCCGUGGAAAUAUCAGGCCGACCUGUCCACACUUUGACUUGUGUUCGUGGGGAAUAAAUUGGAGCCAACAUGAUUCCCGAUAAAGCCCCGCAGGAGAACGUCUUCCACUGCUCCGAGGACCUAAAGAAGGAGUCCCACAUCCCCAGCUUUGAGAAAUACAAGGAGCUCUACAUCCGCUCCAUAGAGAACCCAGAUGAGUUCUGGGGUGCCAUUGCUAAAGAUUUCUUCUGGAAGACCAAACACACCGGUCAGUUCCUGGACUACAACUUCGACGUUACCAAAGGAGAAAUCUUCAUCAAGUUCAUGGAAGGAGCCACCACUAACAUCUGCUACAACCUGCUGGACCGCAACGUCCACGAGAGGAAGCUCGGAGACAAGAUCGCCUUCUUCUGGGAAGGCAAUGAACCCGGAGACGACUUGACCGUCACCUACAAAGAGCUGCUGCAGAAGGUCUGCCGGUUCGCUAAUGUCCUAAAAUCCCAGGGAGUGAAGAAGGGCGACUGCGUCUCCAUCUACAUGCCCAUGGUGGUGGAGCUGGUGGUCGCCAUGUUGGCGUGCGCCCGCAUCGGAGCCAUCCACUCCAUCGUCUUUGCAGGUUUCUCCGCCGAGUCUUUGUGCGAGCGGAUCAUCGACUCUCAGUGCUUGCUGCUCAUCACUGCAGACGGUUUCUACCGAGGAGAUAAGCUGAUCAACCUGAAGCUCUUAGCUGAUGAAGCUCUGCAGAAAUGUAGAGACAAAGGAUUUCCACUGAAGAAGUGCAUAAUGCUGAAGCACUUAUCGAAGGAGCCGGAGGCGGCGGGAAGACAGUCUCCUCCCGCCAAGCGAGUGUGUCCAGAUCUGGAGCAGGAGAAAAGGAAAGUAAAGAAAACGCAUCCUGUUCUUAAGGUGCCCUGGAACCCAGACGUUGACUUGUGUUGGCACUCUCUGAUGAGUGGAGCUGCAGACGAGUGCGAACCCGAGUGGUGCCAGUCUGAAGACCCGCUCUUCAUUCUCUACACCAGCGGCUCCACCGGCAAACCCAAAGGCGUUCUUCACACGGUCAGCGGAUACCUGCUCUACGCCGCCACCACCUUCAAACUGGUGUUCGACCAUCAGCCCGACGACGUCUUCUGGUGCACGGCGGACAUCGGCUGGAUCACCGGCCACUCCUACAUCACGUACGGACCGCUGGCCAACGGCGCCACCAGUGUGUUGUUCGAGGGUUUGCCUACGUACCCCGACGUCGGCCGCAUGUGGCAGAUCGUGGACAAAUACCAGGUGACGAAGUUCUACACGGCGCCGACCGCCAUCAGGCUGCUGAUGAAGUACGGCAGCGACCCGGUGCAGAAGCACAAACGCAAAUCGCUGAAGGUUCUGGGAACGGUGGGCGAGCCCAUCAACCCGGAGGCAUGGCAGUGGUACCACGGCGUGGUGGGGGAGAAACGAUGUCCGAUCGUCGACACCUUCUGGCAGACUGAAACCGGUGGACACGUGCUGACUCCUCUGCCGGCGGCGACGCCCAUGAAACCCGGAUCCGCUACGUUUCCGUUCUUCGGCGUGUUGCCGGCCAUCUUGAACGAGUCUGGAGAAGAGCUGGAAGGGCCAUGUGAAGGAUACCUGGUGUUCAAGCAGCCGUGGCCCGGCGUGAUGCGGAGCGUUUACAGGGACCACGAGAGAUUCGAAGCCACGUACUUCAAGAAGUUCCCGGGAUAUUACGUCACCGGGGACGGUUGCCGUAGAGACAAGGACGGAUACUACUGGAUAACAGGGAGGAUAGACGACAUGUUGAACGUCUCAGGUCACCUGCUGAGCACGGCGGAGGUGGAGUCAGCCUUGGUGGAGCACAAAUCGGUCGUCGAAGCCGCCGUGGUGAGCCGCCCUCAUGCUGUGAAGGGAGAAAGCCUCUACUGCUUCGUCACGCUGAACGACGGCGUGGCGUACAGCAAGGCGCUGGAGGCCGAGCUCAGGAAGCAAGUGAGGGAGAAGAUCGGCGCCAUUGCCACUCCAGACUACAUCCAGAACGCGCCCGGACUUCCCAAAACCCGAUCCGGAAAGAUCAUGCGGCGGGUGCUUCGUAAAAUCGCCUGCGACGAUAAUAAUCUGGGCGACAUUUCCACGCUGGCCGACUCGUCUGUCGUUGACGAGCUUUUCAGGAACCGAUGCACCACCACAGCGUGACGACGCCCCCUGGAGACUCACCACAGGAAGUGCAGAAGAAGAGCCGGCGCUGCUGGAAAUAUUUCCUUCUGACGUGGCGGUGGCAGAACGCUGCAGCCAGUAACUCAGUAACAACUCAGAGGUAGCAGCUCAGGGCGUUCAGAACCACCGGGGCGGCUUCUUCUUUAUUCCUGGUUUCUGCUAGAAAACAGUCGAGUUUCUCUAACGGUCCAGUCAAAUCCAAGCCAUAAUACCAUAAAUACCCUGAAUAACGUUUUUAGCAAGCUUUAUCUGUUAUUUUAAGAACAAAAUGUGUCUGUAACCAUUUUUCUUCUUGUUUUUAUUUGAACUGAAUUUAAUCACAUUUUGUUGGGUGUUUCUGAGUGUGACCCUGUGUCUACGUCCGUUGGCUGGCAGAAACUACACUGCAAAAACACAAAAAGCAGU